GGAGCGGGUGCGGGCGCAGGCGGGGCCCCGCAGGGCCACCUCCUUGCCCUACGGCCGCCGCUGGAAGAUGUCUCAGGGAGAGGCCCACGUUCUACCGGCAGGAGCUGAACAAGACAAUCUGGGAGGUGCCCGAGCGUUACCAGAACCUGUCCCCGGUGGGCUCCGGCGCCUAUGGCUCCGUGUGUGCUGCUUUUGACACAAAAACAGGGUUACGUGUCGCAGUGAAGAAGCUAUCGAGACCAUUUCAGUCCAUUAUUCAUGCCAAAAGGACCUACAGAGAACUGCGGUUACUUAAACAUAUGAAACAUGAAAAUGUGAUUGGUCUGUUGGAUGUUUUCACACCUGCAAGGUCGUUGGAGGAAUUCAAUGAUGUGUAUCUGGUGACCCAUCUCAUGGGGGCAGAUCUGAACAACAUUGUGAAAUGUCAGAAGCUUACGGAUGACCACGUUCAGUUCCUCAUCUACCAAAUUCUCCGAGGUCUCAAGUAUAUACAUUCAGCUGACAUAAUUCACAGGGACCUAAAACCUAGUAAUCUAGCUGUGAAUGAAGACUGUGAGCUGAAGAUCUUGGAUUUUGGACUGGCUCGGCAUACAGAUGAUGAAAUGACAGGCUAUGUGGCCACUAGGUGGUACAGGGCUCCUGAGAUCAUGCUGAACUGGAUGCAUUACAACCAGACAGUUGAUAUUUGGUCAGUUGGAUGUAUCAUGGCUGAGCUGUUGACUGGAAGAACAUUGUUUCCUGGUACAGACCAUAUUGAUCAGUUGAAGCUCAUUUUAAGACUCGUUGGAACCCCAGGGGCUGAGCUUUUGAAGAAAAUCUCCUCAGAGUCUGCAAGAAACUACAUUCAAUCAUUGACUCAGAUGCCGAAGAUGAACUUUGCAAAUGUAUUUAUUGGUGCCAAUCCCUUGGCUGUCGACUUGCUGGAGAAGAUGCUCGUAUUGGACUCAGAUAAGAGGAUUACCGCGGCCCAAGCCCUGGCACAUGCCUACUUUGCUCAGUACCACGAUCCUGACGAUGAACCCGUGGCUGAUCCUUAUGAUCAGUCUUUUGAAAGCAGGGACCUCCUUAUAGAUGAGUGGAAAAGCCUGACCUAUGAUGAAGUCAUCAGCUUUGUGCCGCCACCCCUUGACCAAGAAGAGAUGGAGUCUUGAGUAUCUGGUUUCUGUUCUGUUGGUCCCACUUCACUGUGAGGGGAAGGCCUUUUCAUGGGAACUCUCCAAAUAUCAUUCAAGUGCCCAAGUGCCUCUUGUUGCAAAGAUUUCCUCCGUGGUGGAAGGGGUGUGUGCGUGUGUGGAUGCGUGUGUGUUCUUGUGUGUGCGUGUGUGUGUCUGACUUUGCAGGCGGGCAGGAGAACAUGAGCAGACUGUGAUCAUGGUGACCGUACUUGGAGUCACAGGUCUCUGUGUGGCAGUCUGUGCUUGCUCUUUGUGUGAGUCGGCUGGGCAGGCAGGAGCUGCCAUCGUGUUAGGGUUUGUUAAAUGCAAAGUAAAAGCUAUUAAACAUCCCAGACCCCAGUCAUGCUUUGGCUGUUUUGGCCUCUCCUGUGGCCCCACCUUGAAGGUGGGGGUUAGUCUUGACCACACCCCGCAGUGGCACAGGGAGAAGGCUCACCCCUUCUGGCUGCUUCACAUCUGAAGCCGUCCCUCAGCGACGCAUCAGCCAAAAAGGACCAACUGGCUUCUGUGCACUAGUCCAUGAGGAACCUGCUAAGCGUGACUCUCAGAACUCAACAGGUGUACCUGAAACUAUAAAUAUGUUUGUGCCUUAAAAGAGAGAAGAAGGUGUGGUUAGUUAGGAGGGUACAGCAGAUGAAGUUCUGAGGCAGGCAAGUUGUCAGUUGUCGGACGGCCACUUGUGAAGCCGAAGUCACCAGGGAGCCUUCGGAGGCACUGUGUGUGCAUGUCUGAGCAUGCGUAUAUGUGCUUCUCUCUCUUCCUCACGCCCCGACCCCCAGGUGUCAUUGCCAUUUCUCUGCUCACCCACUUCAGUGCAGAGGUUCCUUCAGUAUUGGCCCCAGUAGUCGGAGGCUGGGUCUUGCUGUCCGUGUACUUCCUGUGUGCUCUUUAUUCCCAGCAGAAUGAGGAUGUGUUUUGCACGUCUUGCUAUUUGAGCAUGCACAGCUGCUUGUCCUGUUUCCUUCGGGAGGCCCUGGUGCCAGGCGAGUUUGCCAGUGGAGACUUCGUGGGUAGUUCAGGACCCAUGUCACCUCAGCGGAUGUUGUGGGCAGGUGACGCCACCCUCUCUUCAGCCCCCAGUGCUAUUUUGUGUUGAACACAAUUGAUACUCAAGGUGCUUUUGAUGUGAAAACUAUGAAGAAAUUAAACAGAUGGAUGUAUAGCAUUUUCAUUCUUGCCAUCUGGUUUUCAACAAACUAUUUUGGGGGAGCCGUCAACCAGAAAAGAUCAGGGUUUUUCCCAGGAAUAUCUCAGACUUUGGAAAACAAGUUCUCUUCACGUCCAAUAACCAAUGCUAAGAAAUACUGAAAAUCAAAGUGAAAAAUAAAAAGCUCAUGAGGCCAGAAACUCCUUUUGCCAUCUUUGUCUAAAUAUAGUUAUUAAAAAGAAAAAAGAAGAAGAAGUAAUGAGGUAUUUUUUUCCACCCUUUGGAAAAGGGUCUUCUUGGCAGCUUAACAUUGACUUCUUGGUCUUGGUUUGGGGAGAAAUAAAUUUCAUUUCAGAAUUUUGUAUAAUGCAGGGAUCGUAUGAGAAUAUGAUUCUUUUUGAUGGGGAAAAAGGGCAAGUUAUUUUAAUAUUUUGUAUUUUCAACUUUAUAAAGAUGAAAUAUCCUCAGGGGUGGAGAAGAGUUGUUUUCAUAAUUUUCUGAAUUUCAGGCAUCUUGUGCUACAUAAGGGCCCGUAUAGUUAAACCUUUUGUGAAAUAGAAAGCAUAGAGCCACGUCCAGUGUUGGCUGUGUGUCCAAGUCUUGUAUUUGGGCCAAGGUGUUUCCAUUUCUCUGUCACAGUGCAGUGAUAAUGUGCACUCCAGAGGGACAGGGUAGGACCCCCAAGUCAACUGGAGCGAGAAGGAAGGAGGCAGCUGAUGGUGAUCACACCUCACCCAAGAUUUGCCCCCUCUUUAAAGGAAACUGAACACAAAGGCCUCAUCUCCUUUAUAUGCAGUUCACAUCCUCAUAAUCCACAACAAGAUGAAUUUGAUCAGCCAUGUUUUGUUGUAAAUGCUAGUGUGAUUUCCUACAGAAAUAUUGCUCUGAAUAUUUUUUUCAUAAAGGUCUUCUUUGCACAUAAGACCAUAUACGUGUUAGGAGGCCGAAUGCUCCAGGAGCCCGGACUCAGCUGGAGCCUGUGGAAGAGCUCCCUGGUUUCUGAGCUAAUGCUCCCAUCUCCUGAUUUCUCUGAACAGAAAACAAGAGAGAGAAUGAGGGGAAAAUGCUAUUUUAUUUGUAUUCAUGAACUUGGCUGUAAUCAGUUAUGCCAUAUAGGAUGUCAUACAAUACCACUGGGUAAAAUAAAGCCUAUUUUUCAAAGUAUUGAGUUUCUCAAA